CUAUAUAAACCGUUGGUGUCGAUCUCAUCUCGUAGACCAGUCGUUGGAACCAAAGCUACAGCCAUGCUCCGGACACUCGCUCUUCUUUGCCUCUUGGCACCUGCCUUCCUUGAUGCAGCCCAUCAGGAUGGUUUCAGAUAUAGAUUCGAAUUCUCCUUGAUCGGAUUUGAAAAAACUAACUUCAUCCCCGGCCCCCGCACUAACAGCAGUGCCCAAUCUAAGGGCUGGAUAAAUGUAGAGAGACCCUACAGUGCCGCGGGAUAUGAACCCCUGCAGCUCUGGUGUCCCUCAAACGACUACGUCGUCUGUGUUCUCACUGACGAAACUGGUAACACUGCUGGUUUGCAGAUAUCGGUUCCAAAGGCCAAAUUCACCCCAGCAUUGGAUAUGGACGAACUUGGUUUCCAAACCUGGGAAGCCAACGUUAACGGAAAGACCAUUGAGUAUUACACCAAGACUCAAUACUUCGUGUCUGCUGAUGCUGCCACCCGUAUUGCCUUCGCAAACCCUGAAAAGUCAAUUCUCAGGGAUGCUCACGUAUCGGUAGAAGGAUUCAACGGCGAGCUGCUGAAAAUUUCCACAUCUCUCAGCAACCUGGACAGCAUCUUCACUAAGCAAGCCUGCAUCCCCUGGAUGGGUCUCCACUACUACUACGACAUGAGUCCUUCCCUAGAAUGUAGUGCCUCCACCAUUUUGACUUGGUUCCCCUUGUACGAAAACGAUGCACUUGUUGGUAUGGGCUUCAUGCUUCCUGGUUCUUUGACACUGGCUAAAGGAGAUACGGAUUACUUUGAACACCCGAAACAGAGUGACGUCGAGGGUCGGUGGAGGUGUGUUCGGUCACCAGUCGUGUCGCAGCACUUGGUAAGGACUACAGCUACAGCCAUGAUCCGCACACUCGCUCUCGUCUGCCUUUUGGUACCAUUCAUUGGUGCUUUCCAAGUUGGCUUCAAAAGGAGGUUCGACGCAGUCAACGUCUUCAAUGCCUUCAAAGACGUCCCUCGCUCUAACGCCUCUGCCGCCAAAGACAAAUGGGUGAAUGUGGAGAGACCCUACAGUGCCGAGGGAUUUGAAGCCCUGGAGAUGUGGUGUCCCGCUGACGACUACUCGUUCUGUAUUCUUACUGACGAAACUUCUUACGCUGCUGGUGUGCAAAUCUCGGUGCGUGUUGACGCAUUCACUCCUGUUUAUGACAUGGAUGAUCUUGGUUUCAAAAACUGGGAACCCGAAGUUAACGGAGAGACCAUUGCGUACUACACCAAGGCUGAGUACUUCGUAGCCCCUGACGCCGAAACUCGUAUCAACUACCCCGACCCUGAUAAAAAUAUCAUCAGAAAUGAUUACGUAACGGUAGAAGGCUUCAAAGACCAGGUGGUGAAAAUAGCAAAGUACGCUAAGGACCUCGACACUGUAUUCACUAAGCAAGCUUGCUUCUUAUGGAUGGGUCUCCAUUACUACUACAACAUGUCUGAAGAACUGGAAUGCAGCUCUACCACCAUGUUCACCUGGUUCCCCUUGUACGAUGGUGGUGAGCUCAACGCCAUUGGAUUCAUGGUGCCCGGAACAUUAACCGUGGGUAGAGGACAGGCCGACAAUUUCGAACACCCCCCUGAGACCGCAGUUAAGCUGAUCGUGCCACGUGGCCCCCAGUGCAUGUACGAUGAUGUCGGAGAGAACGGUGUCACCACCAUGCACGUGUACUUCACCGAGCACCCCCGCAGGAUCACCUGCUUGUUCGGUUAGGAUUCCGUUAAAUACGGACGAACCGAAGAAUUGCACCUGUAUUCCGGAAUUUUAAUAAAUUUUGUUGCAUAAAA